AUGUUGGAUACCUUUGAGAUUCUUACGACGUCUGGCGUGGUGUUGUGGUCCAAGUCGUACUCCGCAAUCAGUCCCGCCAUCAUCAACAGCCUCAUAACGAAUGUCUUCAUUGAAGAGCGAACACUUCCCGGAGCUGGAAUCGCAGAUGAUAUCUCAGCUGCGAACAACCCUCCUUACAAAUACGACCAGCAUACUCUAAAAUGGACGACGGUUAAAGAACUAGGUCUCAUCUUUGUUGCUGUCUACCGAUCACUCCUUCAUCUAUCAUGGAUUGACAAGCUGGUUGAUAAUAUCAAGACCAUUUUCGUGGAUUUAUACGGAGACCAGUUGAAAAAACCACACACUACGAUUGUCGAAUGCCACUUUGAUGAAUAUUUUGAUCAGCAAGUGAGAGAACUGGAGAAAACGGCGCUGAACCAAGACACAAGAGUUGCUGAAGCUUCUGCUCUAGAAGAAGCGCCGAUCUCAGUUUCCGCAAAUCUAAGAGACGAACCACCUCCGUUACCUGGAAUUCUAUCAAGAGGCCAGUCGAAGAACACCUUCAAAGACUUGACAUCGAACGAAUCGACUCCUAUCGCGACACCUGAUACCUCACGCCCCAGCACGCCAGCAAGUCAUAUACUUACUGGAAAGGGAGGACCAGGAGGGAAAGGAUCUAGACGAGCGCGAAAGGCUGCAAAUACGCCCUCAGCAUACGCAUCCUCUGGCGAAGAAUCACAAAGGAAGGGCAGACCAAAGUCUUCGGGGCCAAAGAAGGGUAGAAAAUGGGACGCAGAAGGUAUGGCUGAUGAGGAUAGCGAUACACCGCUCGAUUACUCCACGCCUGCGGAUGGCGUAAAUUUGGGGGAUGAUGAGGGGAAGGGUCGCCCAGGAAAUGUGGAGGGGGUAGACCAUGCCACUUGGGGAUCGAAGACUGGGAAAGGGCAAUUCGUCCUGAAAGACUUGGAUGAUCAAGUCAACUCAAUAUUAGCAACAGCAGGUGCUAAGAAGGAGAGCUCGACGGCUUCGACUGGAAUUGUUGGAUCAAGCAUUAAUGCGAUCGGUGGACUUUUCAGAAACGUCGUGGGAGGAAAAACACUGACGAAGGAAGACCUGGACAAGGCUAUGAAGGGAAUGGAAGAUCAUCUGCUCAGAAAGAAUGUUGCUCGCGAAGCGGCUAUUCGAUUAUGCGAGGGUGUGGAGAGAGAGCUCAUUGGCGUGAAAACUGGAAACUUCGAGAGUGUACAGGCAAGGAUACAAACGGCUAUGGAAGCUUCUCUACAGAAGAUCCUUACGCCAACUUCAUCUCUUGAUCUGCUCCGAGAGAUCGACGCAGUUACCUCCCCAUCUGCGUUAUCCUUGAAAAAGAAGCGGCCAUAUGUCAUCUCAAUUGUUGGUGUCAAUGGAGUCGGCAAAUCUACAAAUCUCUCCAAGAUUUGUUUCUUCCUUCUACAGAACAAGUACAAAGUGCUUGUUGUAGCCUGUGAUACUUUCAGAUCCGGCGCCGUCGAGCAAUUGGCUGUUCAUGUCCGCAACCUGAAAGAGCUCAGUGCUCGAGAGGGAGGAGAAGUUGAGUUAUACCAGAAGGGGUAUGGAAAAGAUGCAGCAAACGUUGCAAAGGACUCUGUCAGCUUUGCUGCUCAAGAAGGCUUUGAUGUCGUGCUGAUUGAUACUGCUGGUCGACGACACAAUGACCAGCGCCUCAUGUCUUCGCUCGACAAGUUCGCCAAGUUCGCGAACCCUGAUAAGAUUCUCAUGGUUGGAGAGGCGCUCGUGGGAACAGAUUCCGUUGCUCAAGCACGGAAUUUCAACACAGCUUUUGGAGCGGGUCGAUCGCUUGAUGGCUUCAUCAUCUCUAAGUGCGAUACCGUGGGAGAUAUGGUAGGAACUUUGGUCAGCAUGGUCCACGCCACGAAUGUGCCUGUUCUGUUCGUGGGCGUCGGGCAGCAUUACAGUGAUCUCAGGAAUUUGUCCGUCAAGUGGGCGGUGCAGAAAUUAUUAAGUAGUAAUCAAUAA